GUCACCUUACGUUACUACUUUACUGGAUUCUUUUCGUGUCAUGAUACUGAGAUUUCGCAUCGCUUUCAUCACUACUAUUUUGUGCUCUAUAUGCUCAGCUCUGGACGUGCACUGCGACGCCGUUGGUUCAAUGGGCAGGAGUGCUGUCAUGUUGCAGACAGAGACAGGAGAUGUUCAGAAGGUCCAACAUAUCGGCGAGAAAGACAAAGCGAUUCCAGUGCAGCUGACACCUGAGACGCCUGAGGGUGAGAAGGCCUGAGGGUGAGAAGGCCAUUUUCAGAGAAAGGGUUGAGCUUUCAAGAGCAUCAACUCUCUUCCAGGUCAAUUCCUUUCACGGGUGAUUUGCCGAGUCUGAGAAAAAGACAGUUCUUUGAUUUCUCUGAACUGAUGGAUGGAUUUGUCUCUCAGCCCCAUGCGCCAGGAUGCUUCGCACGAAGGUCAUGCAGAAACUGGCAGGCAACAGAAAGGUGUGCACAGUUUUGAGAAAAGCCUACUGAUUGCUGGAAGUAUUGUGACCCUUUUGUCUAUCCUUGCAGUCAUUGCUUAUGCGUUUACCAGAAACUGAGCACUGAAAAGCGUCUCUCAUCCAGGAUUCAUUUUUACAGCAAGCUUUGGCACUCACAGAGUGAGAUCUGAAGGCGUCUCUGCCGAAGGCGUCCAGCAGACUGUAUCGCGUUAGAGUGAGUUUGAUCGAAGGCUCUGCUGUGACAAGACAGGGCCCUUUGAAAAGCCUCGGUCUUUGUUCUUAGGCCUGUUUCUGGCCUGUGGAAGCUGCAAGAACACAAGUUUCAACAUUUGAGAAUACCCACAA